AUGGCAGAGAAGCCGGACAUGGGGGAAAUCGCCAGCUUCAAUAAGGCCAAGCUGAAGAAAAUGGAGACGCAGAAGAAGAACACCCUGCGGACCAAAGAGACCAUUGAGCAGGAGAAGCGGAAUGAAAUUUCCUAUGAACCUAGAGGAUUCCCCACCCCCGUCAUCUUCGAGGCAUCCUAG